UUUCUCUGCCCUGUGGCUUAACAGGCAAAUAAAAUGCCCUUGCGACCCUUGGACCCUGUCCGCCUCAGCACUAUGAACUGUGGACCAGACUUCACACCUUCUUUUGCCAAUCUGGGCUGGCCGAACCCACCCAACCGUGGACCGCCUCCAGGGCCAGGACAACGCCGUUCACAGCAAAGCCUACGGAAAGAGCCUCGGAAAAUUAUUGCCGCAGUGUCUCUGAACGAAGAUGUCAAGCUCAAUAAGGCUGAGAAGGCUUGGAAGCCCAGCAGUAAGCGGGCAACUGAACCAGAGGAUCCUGAAAAUGUAAAAACUCAGGAAUUGUUCUGGCGUGUGCGCAGCAUUCUGAACAAGCUGACACCACAGAUGUUCCAGCAGCUGAUGAAACAGGUCACUGAGCUGUCUAUCGACACAGAGGAACGUCUCAAGGGUGUCAUUGACCUCAUCUUUGAGAAGGCCAUCUCCGAGCCAAACUUCUCAGUUGCCUAUGCCAACAUGUGCCGUUGUCUUAUGGGG